CAUCAUUUUCCUCAUUUCUUCUCAUUUGUCAAUUUCAGUCACACCCACAACAUCAUCUCUGACAGUGUCUUUAAAGCAGCUGUGCUUCUGGUGUCUCUGCUCUUUAACACAAGACCGACUUCAAACCAUGUUUGUUCUGGCUCUGCUCACCUCUGUUGUGCUGAGAGCAUUCAGCGCUCAGGCAGAAAUGGUCGAUAACUUUAAAGGUUGUGAAAGAUUCUUCUACAAACAGACCAAACCAGGAGGGAUGGAUCAGAAUACCAAGGAAAUCUGUCAGAAGUAUAAAAAAGAAGAAUCCAUUACGCUACACUCUUAUUACGCUACGCUGUACUCGCCUCGUCACAGGAUUCCCCUCUACAGUGCCUACACCUUUGAUCCCAAUUCCUCGAGUGGCGAUAGAAGGAAAGACAUCUGGCAUGUCGAGCCGCAGAUUUCAGAUUACCAAAUUGAACAUAUGGUCCUUGAGAAAGACUUGAGGAAUUUGAAACUUGAUAAAGACAGAAUUAAAGAAUUUCAAGCCAUGACCAGUGACUACUUAGGCACCGGAUAUGAUCGUGGACACCUGAACCCCAGCAGCUUCCAAAGCUGUGAUGGCCGUACGGCAACAUUCACACUGACCAACGCCGCACCUAUGGACCCGUGUUUCAACCGUAUCCAUUGGUAUAAGUGGGAGAACAGUUUGAAGAAGUAUUUAAAAGGACAGCUUGAGCUUGACGGUUCUUCUGCAACAGCCUACAUCGUCACAGGUACAGUACCUGAUGCAAAUAAACGAAUACCAGAAGAGGAAACCUCUGACGACCCUCUAAGGGUGACGGUGCCCUCUCACAUCUGGACAGCUGUCUGUUAUAAACACCACACUGAUGACACAAAGUCUCUCUCCUUCAGCUAUAUGGCAAAAAACCAGCCAGAAGAGUUUGACAUAAACCUGAUGAGUGUCUCAAACCUGAAUAAUGAGCUCAGCAGACUCUACGGGACGGGACGGCCAGUUAAGAUUUUUGUGGGUAAUUGUUUUGAAGACAAUUAUAAGUUAAAAAAGCUUAGGGAAGACAUUGAAAAAUUAAUGAAUCCUCCAGGGAAUCAAAUAGUGAAAAUGAACCCAGAUAUGCAGAACACGUUUGGUGCGGUGAAAAGGGCCGCCAGCUGGAGUGGCCGCCAAUCGUCAAAAAACUUCAGGGUGAGUCAGAUGACAGUAAAAUUAGCCUUUAACAACAUGAGCACUUACUUUUCUGUGGCAGAGGAUCUGAAGGUUUUAGCUGGAAGUGCUUGUCUUAUAACUCAUGCCAAACCAUUGAAAAUUGCGCAUGAUGAGCUCAGAAAGAGGGAGGUGUCCGAGGGGACAGAUGCUGUUGAAUGCCUGUUGGUCCCAGAGAAUCGGAUGACUGCAGUUGAUGGCUCAGGAGGUAAAACCAAGCUUUUCUGCUCCACUUCCUGCCUGUACAAUGACGAAGUCAAGGGCUACAGGUGUGAGUCAGGCAAGGACCAGAAACCGUGCUCACCCCAAUACUCACUCAUCACGGUUAAUGGAGAGAAGUGCAUGGAUGGUCACCCCUGCGCCACAUACGGCUACGACUACUACUGGUGCUGGACCAGUAUGUCUAUUGAAAUCUUUGGCCCUGCCUGCCAGUGGGAUUACUGCAGCCCUCCACUGUGGGGAAGUAAGGCUAAAAAUGGGAAGUACUGCCGCGACAACCAUGCCUGUGCUAAAUAUGGUUCAAGUUAUACGUGGUGCUACACGGAUGAUGAAGGCAACUGGGAUUAUUGUUAAACACAGUGUGUAGUAUACUGUAAGAAGUAAAUUCGUAAAAAAUAACAGAAAAAGUACUGGCAGCUCAUUACCAUUUCCAUUGACUCUAAAACACAAUGCAACACAGUGUAAAAUUCAAAAUACAGGUAAAACACCUGCAAAAAAAAAACAAAUACAAUAAAGGAAAGCAUGUUGUGCUUUAUUUUUGCGGAGUGUAUAAAUAUGACUAAAGCAGGACGUUGUGAUUGUGAUUGUAUUUGGAGCUCUUACUAACCUACAAGAUUUCUAACAUUAAAAAAAGACUCUCAUCUGUGCUUCUGAAAUCAACAGCUGCUUUUCAUUUGAUUUGUAUGCAAAAACAAAAAGCUCAAUAAAAACAUGCAUGAAUCUAUUAUAUAUUCUUAUACACAAAUUAGUGCAGUUUGUUGUCAGUAAAAAAUAAAUCUCUGACAUGAGUGUAGACUCUCUUAAACACACAUCUACACAAGUCUGAACACAUGAAGAGUAAUUCAAACUGUGUUCACGCUCACAGACAUCUCCAUCCACUCACAAUCCUCAACACAGGCCUGUAAGAGUUUGCUAUGAACUUUAAAGAUCUCCCUGUUUGCCUACACAAGAGAAGAAACAUACAUUGGAAUAACAUCUUCCAAAUUAUAUUCUGGUACUCAACAGAGUCUUAAACUAGAGCCUAUGUUUAAAAGCAGCAAACUGCCUUCUCCAUUGUUUUAUAUGUUUUGUUGCAAAAAAUAGCAACACUUUGAUGAGAAUGAGCAAUUGACCUUUAUUGGUCAUUGAUCCUCAAUGAUUCAAAAUGUAUAAACAACUGAAAAAGAAAUAGAAAGGGCAAUACAAGUUGAUGCAUCUGUAUAUGAAAAGCACUCACACAUUUGCAGACAUGUAAGAUAAAUCCUUACAAUUAGAUUUCAUUGGUCCACUAUAGUGUCAAAGGGGAAGGGUGUGCUUUCAUUUUUUGCUUUUACAAAAACACGACUAGAAGUGAGGCACAAGCGAAUCAAAACAUCCGUUGCUGGGGUGCUCCAAGUAAAUUUACUAGACAAAUAGUGAAAGGGGUGUGAAAUGCUGAACACAAGGCAGA